AUCAUGGAUCAGUGUGAGGACAGAGAGGAGGGAGUCCCUCCCUCUAAAAGCACUCAGAGGAACAAACCUGGACCUGAAACCAGCCCUGAAUCAGGACCUGAGCCCAGCUGUGUGUCCAUGAAGAGUGACCGGUCGAUGGGUCGGGUUAUUAAGUUCAAAGCUGGAGUUUCCUCAGACCAACAGAAUCAACCUGAACCAGAACCAGAACCAGAACAAGAACAAAGACCAGGACCAGGACCAGAAGCUGGACCAGGACCCAGCUGUGUGUCCUUUAUGAGCCACCUGUCGAUGGAGGCUCCUCCUUAUUUCAGUUCAGAGGAACAGAGAGUGGACCAGCAGAGCUCAGAGCUUCCCAGUGGUCAGUCUGCCCAGCAGCAUCAAACACAGCUGGACUCCAUAUUUAUGCUGCUGGAGGACAACAUGAUCACUUUUGUGAAGAAGGAGCUGAAGAAGUUCCAGAAGCUUCUGAGUCCAGAUUACCCAGAAUGCUCAGUGUUGGAGGGUGAGGAUGAGGAGCAGAGGAAGAGCAGCAGAGAGGCGUUAGUGAAGAUCACAGUGGACUUCCUGAGGAGGAUGAAGCAGGAGGAGCUGGCUGAGCGUCUGCAGAGCAAACUUUUUGUCCAUAAAUUAAAAUCUGGUCUGAAGAAGAAGUUCCAGUGUGUGUUUGAGGGGAUUGCUAAAGCAGGAAACCCAACCCUUCUGAACCAGAUCUACACAGAGCUCUACAUCACAGAGGGAGGGACUGCAGAGGUCAAUGAUGAACAUGAGGUCAGACAGAUUGAAACAGCAUCCAGGAAACCACACAGACCAGAAACAACCAUCAGACAUGAAGACAUCUUUAAACUCCCACCUGGAAGAGAUGAACCAAUCAGAACAGUGAUGACGAAGGGAGUGGCUGGCAUUGGGAAAACUGUCUUAACACAGAAGUUCACUCUGGACUGGGCUGAAGACGAAGCCAACCAGGACAUCCAGUUUACAUUUCCACUGACAUUCAGAGAGCUGAAUGUGCUGAAAGAGAAAAAGUUCAGCUUGGUGGAACUUGUUCAUCACUUCUUUACUGAAACCAAAGAAGCAGGAAUCUGCAGCUUUGAAGAGAUCCAGGUUGUCUUCAUCUUGGACGGUCUGGAUGAGAGUCGACUUCCUCUGGACUUCCACAACAAUGAGACCCUGACUGAUGUUACAGAGUCCACCUCAGUGGAUGUGCUGCUGACUAACCUCAUCAGGGGGAAACUGCUUCCCUCUGCUCGCCUCUGGAUAACCACACGACCUGCAGCAGCCAAUCAGAUCCCUCCUGACUGUGUUGGCAUGGUGACAGAGGUCAGAGGGUUCACUGACCCACAGAAGGAGGAGUACUUCAGGAAGAGGUUCAGAGAUGAGGAGCAGGCCAGCAGGAUCAUCUCCCACAUGAAGACAUCACGAGUCCUUCACAUCAUGUGCCACAUCCCAGUCUUCUGCUGGAUCACUGCUACAGUUCUGGAGGAUGUCCUGGAAACCAGAGAGGGAGGAGAGCUGCCCAAGACCCUGACUGAGAUGUACAUCCACUUCCUGGUGGUCCAGACCAAAGUCAAGAAGGUCAAGUAUGAUGGAGGAGCUGAGACAGAUCCACACUGGAGUCCAGAGAGCAGGAAGAUGAUUGAGUCUCUGGGAAAACUGGCUUUUGAUCAGCUGCAGAAAGGAAACCUGAUCUUCUAUGAAUCAGACCUGACAGAGUGUGGCAUCGAUAUCACAGCAGCCUCAGUUUACUCAGGAGUGUUCACACAGAUCUUUAAAGAGGAGAGAGGACUGUACCAGGAGAAGCUGUUCAGCUUCGUCCAUCUGAGUGUUCAGGAGUUUCUGGCUGCUCUUCAUGUCCGUCUGACCUUCAUCAAGUCUGGAGUCAACCUGCUGAAACAAGAACAAACAGUUUCUGUUUGGUCUAAGUUAUUAAAUAAACCAGAUCUACAACGUCUCCAUCAGACAGCUGUGGAUCAGGCCUUACAGAGUCCAAAUGGACACCUGGACCUGUUCCUCCGCUUCCUCCUGGGUCUUUCACUGCAGACCAAUCAGAGACUCCUACAAGGCCUGCUGACACAGACAGGAAGUAGCUCACUGACAGGAGCGAAUCAGGACACAGUUCAGUACAUCAAGGAUAAGAUCAGUAAGAAUUUGUCUGAAGAGAGAAGCAUCAAUCUGUUCCACUGUCUGAAUGAACUGAAUGAUGGUUCUCUAGUGGAGGAGGUCCAACAGUCCCUGAGAUCAGGACGUCUCUCCACAGAUAAACUGUCUCCUGCUCAGUGGUCGGCUCUGGCCUUCAUCUUACUGUCAUCAGAAGAAGAUCUGGAGGUGUUUGACCUGCAGAAAUACUCUCCUUCAGAGGAGGUUCUUCUGAGGCUGCUGCCAGUGGUCAAAGCCUCCAACAAAGCUCUGCUGUGUAUGUGUGGUCUCCCAGAGAGAAGCUGUGAAGCUCUGUCCUCAGUUCUCAGCUCCCAGUCCUCCAGUCUGACAGAACUGGACCUGAGUAACAACGACCUGCAGGACUCAGGAGUGAAGCAGCUGUCUGCUGGACUGAAGAGUCCAAACUGCAAACUGGAAACUCUCAGCCUGUCAGGAUGUCUGAUCACAGAGGAAGGCUGUGCUUCUCUGGCCUCAGCUCUGACGUCCAACCCCUCCCAUCUGAAAGAGCUGGACCUGAGAUACAACCAUCCAGGAGAGUCAGGAGUGAAGCUGCUGAUGGCUGCACUGAAGGAUCCACACAGACUCAGAUCAAAUGUUGUUGUUCUUCAAAAUGAACCAGGAGGUGUGAGGAAGUGUAAGUCUGGAUUGUGUUUGUUCUCUCCAUCAGAUUCCUGUCCACUCACUAUCGACACAAACACAGUGGACAGAAACCUCAAACUGUCUGACAACAACAGGAAGGUGACACGUGUGGAGGAGAUUCAGUCAUAUCCUGAUCAUCCAGACAGACUUAACGAUCUUCAGCUGCUGUGUGGAAAUGUUCUGACUGGUCGCUGCUACUGGGAGGUCGAGUGGGGAGGAACCGUUUAUAUAUCAGUGUGUCACGGAGAAAUCAGGAGGAGCGAAGACAUCAAAGACUGUUGGUUUGGAUGGACUGAUCAGUCCUGGAGUCUGAGAUGCUCUGAUAAUGAAGGUUACUCUGUCUGGCACAAUGCCAGAAGAACCCCCAUCUCCUCCUCCUCCUCCUCCUCCUCUUCCUCCUCUGUCUCUAACAGAGUAGCAGUGUAUGUGGACUGUCCUGCUGGCUCUCUGUCCUUCUACAGAGUCUCCUCUGACUCACUGAUCCACCUCCACACCUUCAUCACCACAUUCACUCAUCCUCUCUAUGCUGGAUUUGGGUUCUGGUCUUGGCCACCUGGUUCCAUGUCUGAUUCCUGGGUGUCUCUGUGUUGAGUGUUAAGAGUUUGAUCAUGUCAGAGAAACUCUGAACAUCUUUUCAGAUUCAACGAGUUUCUGUAUGAAACUCUUCUAAAUUAUUCCUUGGAAACUUCUUUCUCUUCCAGUCCUGUCUUUAUUUGGACUUUCUGACAUUUUUAUAUAUUGAAUUAUUGAUUUUUCACUUGUUGCCACUUUAUUUACCACAAUCUUCAUUUUUCGUUCUGUUGCAUAAAAAUAAUUUACUUGCAAGGAGUUCACAUCAGCACAAAGACAGAGACAACGAGCUGGCUGGUUAUACAAGCGUUUAGGAGCUAAAUGUGAAGUGAAGACGCAAUUGUUCAUCACCAGCGUUAAAACUGUUAUUUUCUUAGCAACGUCAUCUUUAGCUUUCCCAUGGGAAAAAUGAGAUCUCUAAUGAUGAUAAAUUCACACACAGACACAGCUACAUUUUAAGAUUCACAAAUAUGCUUGUAAAUGUCUUAAGAAGAAAACAAUUAUAACUAUUAAACUACUGACUUUAUUUCUUCUAACAUUCUCUUCUGUUUAUGAUUGGUUUUGUCUGUACAUUGUAGAUGCUUUUAUUUGUAGACUCCAGCAGGGAGAUGUAAUAUUCUGGGGAAACAUCCACAUCGCCCUGUUUCCUUGACAACUAUUCAGAUGUCUGUUGAGGGAAUGUCAGCAUCAUAGAUCACCUCAGAGUAAAGAAUGAGAAUAACAUGAAUAAACACUAAUUAGACACUUGGAUUAUUAAUAAAAAAAUGAAUGAUAUGAAUAAGCAGUCUUUAUGAAAACUUCAACAAAAUAAUGAAAUAAAACUUUUGAAUGUGUGAACAUCCCUAAAAUUUCUGUUUGUCACCUGUUUGCUCAUCACAUAGAUUUUUAUAAGGAGGAUAAUAAAAGGUUCACUUGC